GAACUCGCGUCCUGUCAGAACAUGCUAGAAGCAGAAGCGGAGCGCGCCAGUAGACGUCCAGCGGUCCAAUCGUCGUGGGGUGCUCAGCGUUUCGGAAUCCAGUAGUCAAGUGUCAAGUGAGGUUAAGUUCAGCACGGAAAGUGACAGCGAAAGGGCCACGAAAUAUCCCGAACGCAGAAUCGAAGACACUUUAAGACUGUCAGAAAGUACCAGAAAGGUACCAAACUUCCGGCGGCCGUGCCGGAUCGCUACCCGGCCCGUUUUCGGGCUUUGUUUCACGCGCUUUGCUCACAUCUAAAGUCCAUUUUUUAACGUCCACAUCGAAGGUCCAUGUAACCUCUUCCGGGAACUCGCAAGUCGCAAGUUCUACGCGAACGGGAAGAAAAAAACGAGUGGACAUCGAGCAAAUAAUAUUUAAAGUAGCCCAAGAGCACGGACAUUGUCGUGAAGAUGAAUCUCUCGUUCUCCGGUUGUGGUUUCCUGGGCAUUUACCAUGUCGGUGUUGCGGUGUGCAUCAAGAAGUAUGCGCCGCAAUUACUGUUAAACAAAAUAAGCGGCGCGUCUGCGGGAGCUAUUGCAGCGUGCAGCAUGCUGUGCGAUUUGCCUUUGGGAGAGAUCACGAGCAAUGUUCUGCGUGUGGCACGCGAGGCGCGGCAGCAUGUACUCGGCCCGUUCAGCCCAUCGUUCAAUAUACAAGACAUACUGGUGGAAAGUUUGCGCAAGUUUCUGCCAGAAGAUGCCCACUUACUAGUGAAUGGAAGACUCCAUAUUUCCCUGACCCGCGUAUAUGACGGAAAAAACGUAAUAGUCUCUCAAUUUAAUUCGAAGGAAGACUUGAUACAGGCUCUGCUCUGUACUACGUUCGUGCCAUUCUUCUCUGGUCUGCUGCCACCACGAUUCCAUGGCGUCAGAUACAUGGACGGUGGUUUCAGCGAUAAUCUUCCUACACUCGAUGAAAACACUAUCACCGUUAGCCCAUUUUGCGGAGAAAACGAUAUCUGCCCGCGGGAUGUCUCGUUUCAACUUUUUCACGUCAAUAUCGCCAAUACCAGUAUCGAGCUGUCCAAGCAAAAUAUAUAUAGGUUCACGAGGAUACUCUUCCCACCAAAAACAGAGGUCCUCUCGAACCUGUGCAAGCAAGGAUUCGACGAUACGUUGAGAUUUUUGCAUCGUAAUAAUAUGCUGAACUGCACGAGAUGCCUUUCGGUACAAUCGACAUUUGUGGUCCAAGAAACGAUCGACGAGAGUAUGGAAUAUGACCCGGAGUGCGUGGAAUGCAAGCAACACAGGGAGGAAGCUCUAGUUGCUAACUUACCCGAGACUGUUGUGACGAUAUUCCAAGAUGCCAUUGACUCCGCUAAUAAGGGACUUAUUAACUGGGUGUUCAAGCAUCGUAGUCUCAAGUUGUUAUCGUUGUUGAGCUUGCCAUGCACGUUACCGGUGGACGUAAUGUAUGCCACUAUCACAAGUUUGAUUGGUAACAAGAUAGAAACACGCUCCUUGGAAUACAAAGUAGUCGGAAAUGUUCUGCGUACCCCGCAGCAGGCUUGCACUAAGCAUUUAACAUCCUUGCGAUUCGUCUUGAGUAUUCCGAAACUACGAAAUAACUUAAUCGAAUUAACGAGAUUUAUAUUAGAACAGUUGUGCCUACUGUUCCCAAAGAUCAGUGUUUACACACAGCCGUUACCUCAAACUAUCAAGUGCCAACUCAACUUCAUGGAAUAUGGUUCGAAAAUACACGACGUGCAAGAUAUCGAGGAAGCAGACGCUGUAUACAAGAAGCAGAAGAAUCUGAAUCUGACUCUUCAAUACAACGAUCGCAGACAAUCGUGGACCGACUCCAGAAGAUCGAGUCGUGUAAUAAAUAUGAGCGAGCUCACGUCGGCAGACGACACUUUCGAAAGUAUUCUUCAGACUACUGCGGAGCAAGAGGCAGUGAUAGCAUACUACUAUAUGGAUGACAACAACAAGGUGCAAGUGACGGAGAUCUUUGAUGUAACUGAUUCGGAAUCACAUACUAUGCUCUCGGCUGACGAAGUCAACACCAACAAAAACCUUCAGUUCGACGAGUGGGAUGAGCCUACCUGGUUAUCCCAGCACACAUUCAACGAUGUGGUUACAGAGUCUCUUUAUACCGACGGGAAUCAACAGAGUAUGGACAAUUUAUCGGACGCAUCAUUGGGAGAUGAUGUAUUGGACAGCGCGAACAUAUUUUCCGAUCCAGAGAGCGAGUGGGAAGUGGAGAAGGAUGCGGAACAAGUAGAAGCACCCAAGUCACCAGACAGUCGACCGGAAGUAGAUCAACCAUCCACGAGUCCGUCGCAGGAACAACAACACCAGUAGUCUAUAAUCGCGAGCGUUGGGUUCUGAAUAUUAAAAUUGUACAAAUUUUUGUUUCAAAUGUAUCUGUUACGUAACGUUAGCGAUAAGCGCUUCUCCGUGAGCUUUACAGAUCUCACACAAGGAGACUGACACAUUUGUGAUCUAAGAGCACGCGGUGUCCCACCGCGGUAUUUCUUAAACUGCACGUUUCUCGGCGCAAAAUUUUAAAAUCAGUUUUUCCUCAAGAAUCAUCAAAUGCCGAAGAUUACAUAAUGUCGAGGAUUAAAUGGUGGUUAACUGUGAUCGGGGAAAAGCCGGCUUUAAAUCGUCAGUUGAAGGAAUAUCCGGUGGUAUUGUCUGCUUACAAGAAUACAUUAAGAUACUGCUGAAUUUUCGGGAGCGUUGAACCUAAGAGAUACCUAAGAAACUUGCACUCGGAGACGCGUUUUCAGUUUACGAGCGAGUUUUUCCAAGCGGAUUAGUCUCAAUUGUGUAACAUGUGUUCAACAACAAGUUAUUCGUUACUUUUAAUACUCGUUCGUGCACGUUUCUUCAGAAAAUGUACACGUAUGAAAAUGUUAAGUUUUAUAGAAUCACUUGCGACCGCUACAAUCUACUCCUGAGAUUUGGCAGUAAUUUUCUGCGUAUCCAGUGACGCGAUAAUAUUCCUCCUCGUUACUGUAAAUUCACUAUUGUCUGAAUCAGUUGAAACGUGCCGGACCUAGGUUGUGAAGAUAAUUUAGAAUAUACCGUUCAGAGAUGUUUCUAAUAGGAAGAUAUCGUAAGACAAGUUCCGUAUCUUUGUUACAAUAAUGAUUUAUUUUUCUUAAUUAUUUUAAUGAUCGUUGAUAUAAUCAAUUGUCGAGCAACUGUAAAGUAUACUUUGCUAUACUUUACUAGAUAGUACACUUUGCAAUUACUAUUUGAUGAUGAUUACCAGUAUCGUUCGGAAAUGAUAAUUGCAAAGCGGAAGUUGCGAGUAGAGAUGUUGAUUAUUUAUAAUAGGUCGUAGAGGGAAACCUCUUUGUGAUCACACAUGGCUGGGUCUGAAUGUUAAAAGAUUGUAGAGAUUUUUUUUAUACAUUACUUGUUAAGGAACCAUAAUUUAAUAAUUGUUAAUCAUGACCAACUUAGCUCUUAGCGCGAUGCCUUUAUCUAUAAGCUUUUAUAUGUACAUUUUAAAUUAUAAGAGCGUUUUGUGAUUAUUUUUGGGACGCUUUUACACGCAUUCCACUUUAUACAGGAAUACAGACAUGUGCAAGAAACAAGUAUGCUGUUGCAUGCUUCUUGGGAUAAUUUUACACAAAGCGUAAUACAGAGAGUAAACAAAAUCAAUAAUUAUUGUAAAACGUAUCAAUUUGUUUAAUGCUCUUACGUUGUCUACAUACGAAUAUUACAAAUACGAAUAUUCGUGCGUAAAGUAAUUUUUACUUUCCAAGUAUUUUUAGUACAUUUUACUUUUUGAAGUAUUUUAGUACAUUUUAAAGUAUGUUAAUUGUAUUUGAACAAGCCUCGUGAGACAGCAUUCUUUUUGAUACAUAAAAUAAUUCCGAAGAAAAUAAGUAUGCAGAUAUGCUUGUUUUAUUCCCUGUAUAAGUUUAAACGAUGCAGCUCUCAACUGUUUCAAUAUCUCGGGAAAGAUUGCGGUCCGCAGGAUAAAUUUGAUUCGAUUAUGAAACAGUCUUCCUAUAUUGUAAGAGACACUACCGGCCUCCUGACAAAUCUUUUUUAGAAAACCAUGAUGCAAUUUUGGGAUAUUUGUGACGGUUGUGUUACGCUUAUAUCGAUAUGAUAGUAAAUUUAACUAGUAUAAAUAGAACGGAUACCAACGAAUAAAUCAAAUAAUUAUGACUCGUGUUUCGAGUUUUAAAAUUUAUAGAGAGAUAUUAGAGUUGAAGAUACACGUUGGUAUUUACAAAGCACGUUAUUUAAAUCAAUAUUUUGUACGGUUUGUAAAGGAAGCUCAGAAACGCUUAUGUUGCGAAGAUAACAGAUUUGUAAUUAUAAUUUUUGAUUAGUAUUAGCAUAUAAAUAUCUAUUUUUUGGUAUUUUUCGAAUUGCCAUUUAUGCUUAUUUCGCGAGGUUCUGGAUAUCUAUAUAUCCGCACGAAUUAUCCAGCAAUAAUCUACGAUGAUUGUAGAAUUAGAUUAAAAGAGACGAGCAUAUCUUUUUACAAGUUUCACGAACUUAGUCGCGCGCGAAUAUGUCCCUUCACAAUUUGCGUUUCUUGUACAAUAUCGAAAAUUACCAAGAAAUGUGUUUUGCGGUAUUAUAUAUUUAACAUGUACCUUUUCAUGAUUAGUAGUACAAGUAUAUUGUACUACAAGCGCACAUGUCAAAACGUACAAAUAUAGAUCGAUGUUAACCAUAGCUAGAGUAUACUUUAUAAGGCCGACUUUUGGAAUGUGAAUAACGGAAUAAAUUUUAAUACAUUGAA